AUGGAAGAAGACACAGCAGCGAUACUCAAGAAACUGAACACGGCCGCUAAACCGGCGACUGCUCCAAAAGCUCCUGAGGCACGCCAAGAACCUCGACAGCACGCCUCAGGUAACAAGCCUAACCAGCCAAAGAGCUUCGUCUAUGUGGUCGAAGACAAAAAUUCGUCCCCGGGAUCAACUGUCGUCGUACACGAGAAAGGUUGGAAUGUCUGGGAAAACGACGAGAAGCCGCAAUCCUCUUCGGCAUCUUCGACUUCGAGUCCUGGCUCGGCCGAGCCAAACCUAUGGUGCAGCUUCCAUAAGUCCAAGGCGCACGACACGAGGAACUGCAGGCAUCUGGUCGAUGCCCUCUUCUCAUCCUACGAGAACGGAACAGCCAACGUCGAGCUUCCUAAGCCCAGGACAAACAACACCAAGAGCUGGAGAAAGAACAAAGAAAAGAAAGCUCAGAAGAAUCAAGAUAAGUCUGGAACUCGGCCAAAGCGCACAGAGGAUGACAAGCCAGAAGAGCAAGACGAAGACGAGGGCGAAGCACAAGUCGAAGAAGAGCAACCUCGUAAUCGUCGACGUGUCCAAGUCAUCCUCGCACGACCAAGUCCAUCCUCAGAUGAAGAAGAGGACAAACAGGUCCACGACUCGCACGAGUACUCCAGCAAGCGACCAAAUGAGGACGUCGGACCAGAAGGAUCAAACGACUUGAGGAACAAGCUCAGGCAAAAGUCGCAGACAACCGAUCGCCUCCACGACUUUAACGAUGAUCUCCGCUCAAUCAUUGAAGAGUCCAAGGCCAAAAAGGCCGAAGGCUCCA